AUGGAGAAUUCCGGGCAUAUGCACGAUGAGACAACGCGGCUGCUGGACGUUUAUACCCCGUUGCGGACGGGGUAUCUUGCAAUUGGAGAAGAGAGAGUGGAAACAGGAAUUGCGGACAUGGCAGGAGCAAUAGCAGAAGAGGGAGAGGAAGAGAGGUUUCCGACAGCGCAGCUGUGUGUUCUCGCAUUCGUCCGCAUCAUCGAACCCAUAACUUUCACCUCCGUCCUCCCCUACAUCUACAGCCAAACCCGGCAUCUUCUCGCCACCCCCUCCGACCCCCAUCCGACAGGCUCAAUUGCGCUCUACUCCGCGCUCCUCAUCUCCUCCUUCGCCUUCAGCGAAACCCUCACCUCCCACCUCUGGGGCACCCUUUCCGACAAGUAUGGCCGCAAACCCAUCAUCCUCCUCGGCCUCGCCGGCUCCCUCCUCUCCCUCCUCCUCUAUGGCCUCGCCCCCAACAUCGCCCUCGCCAUGACCGCCCGCAUCGUCGGCGGCCUCCUCAAUGGCAAUGUCGGCGUCCUGCAGACAGCCGUUAUGGAGCUGACGGGGGCGCGCGAGGACUGGCGCGCCAAGGGGCAGCUGGUGCUGCCGUUUGUGUGGUGUCUUGGAAGUAUCAUAGGCCCUGCGAUUGGUGGUGGGUUGGCCCCUAGCGGGUGUGCAGGUGAAGACGAUGUGGAGAUGGGGGUGUAUGAGUUCGAUGCGGCGAUCCCCUUGAUAAAGAGGUUCCCGUAUUUACUCCCUAAUAUUGUGUGUGCGCUCGUGGCGCUGAUGGGGAUUGUGGUCGGGUGGCUGUGGAUGGAGGAGACGAACAAGACGGUCAUUAUCAAGAACGAUACGGGACUUGCCGUCGGCCGCUACAUCCUCGGCGGUCCUAGAGCGCUGUUGACACAGCUGCUGAAGCGUGCUGAUACCGCGCCGCCACCGCCCGUAGACGUCGGGGAUGAAGGCAGCGGUACGAAGGAGGGAGAGGACGACGAGGCGGACAGAGUAAGUGUAUAUGAGUCCAGCGCGCUCACUACCGCGAACCCGUCGUCGUCCACAUCGCUAUAUGCCUCCCUCUCUGCCCUUGACUCCACUACCAGCACCAUAACCGGCUCUACCUCCACUCUUCAAACCUCAUCAGGGAAGCCCGCCGCCGCAGCAGCAGGGAAGAAAUCAAUCUACACCCCCCGCUUCUACCUCCUCAUGGCCGGCUUCUUCAUCCUAUACUACCACACCACCGCCGCCGAGCACCUCCUCGCCAUCUUCCUCCAGUCCUCCCCGCUGCCGCCUCUCUUCCCCGGCACCGACAUCGGCGAGCUCCCCGGGGGCUUCGGCUUCACAACGCACUCCAUGGGCGCGCUAUUCCUCAUCCAAGGCAUCUUCCAAAUGGCUUUGCAGUUCACCGCGUUCCCAUUCCUCGCGCGAAGGUGGAGCAACAUGACGAUCUACAUCGCAACACUGUGUUUCUAUCCUCUGUUCUACGCGUUCAUGCCGCUGCUGGUGCUGCUCACCCCGGGCUCGGCGGUGUUUUAUAGCUGCCUGGCGGGGCUGCUGGCGAUGAAGGUGGUGCUGGAGAUUACGUGUUAUCCGGCGCUGUUCCUGGUGCUGUAUGAGACUGCCAUGAGCGGGCCGGGGGGCGCGGGGGCGAUGGGGAGCGUGUAUGGGUUGAGUGCUGCUGUUGCGGGGGCCGCGAAGGGGGUUGGGCCGGUGGUGACGGGGGGCGUGUGGAAGUUGGGUGUCAGUGGAGGCGGGGUGGGGUGUGCGUGGUGGGCAUUGGCGGGGGUGGCGGUGCUGGGGUUGGUUGGGGCGGUGGGACUGGUUGUUGGUGGUGAGGGGAAAGGGGGGAAGGAGGUGGAGGAGGGUGGAGAGGGGGGGGUAGAGGUGUAG